AUGUCACACAGCUUGCUCCCGACGAUGAAUGGUGAAACAGCUCAGGAGAGCAAGUUCGAGUCUGAGAUUGGACAACAGAGUUUAUUCUACCACGGUCAAGCAAAAGAUUUUGUCGACCUCCAUGAGCAAGUGGAGACAAGCGUAAAUCUUCUGGAUUCUCUAGAAUCAUUUCUGUCUACAUUUCAAAAAGAUCUUUCUUCUGUAUCCGGCCAGAUAUCAGAGCUACAGGAAAGGAGCAAAGACAUUGACAACAGGUUGAAGAGUCGACGCAGAAUAGAGAAACCGCUUUCAAGUCUUCUGUCAGACCUCACGAUACCUCCCUCACUUGCAAUUGCCAUCUUAGACACCGAUGUCGGAGAGCCUUGGAUAGUGACUAUCACUGACUUUGAACAACGGCUGGAUGGUCUGAAGGUUCGGUCUCGUGUCAAAGCUGCCAGGGAUCUUGGAGAUGUUGCGGAAGGGCUUCGCAUAGUAGCAGCUACCAAACUACGAACGUUUUUUCUCGCAUUGCUACAGCCGGUUCGAACAAGUGUCACAACGAACUUGCAAGUUAUGCAGACUUCGAUCUUUGUGAAGUAUAGAGCAUUAUAUGCAUUCCUCCAGCGGCAGGCGCCGAACGUUGCCAACGAGGUUCAAAGGGCUUACACUGGCACAGCCCGCACGUACUAUGAGACUGCUUUUCGCCGUUAUAUACGCAGCCUAGGAUGGAUCAAGGCAAGGACCCCAGAGAAACCUGAGCCCAUUAUCUCAGGGAAUGGAGACAACGGUGGGCUAGACCAAGAUCGUCUUGCAUUUGCAAAAAUACAAGGAUCCAGUGUCAUUCUUGCUUACAUGGCAGAUGAUAAGACUCACGAGGAGCCUAUCGAAGCCAUUCUCAGGUCCCUUUUCCUGGUGUUGAUGGAUAAUGCCACCGCAGAAUAUGCAUUUGUCACAGCAUUCUUCCGUUCUGAGUCCUUUGCGCCUCCUCCUGCGAGGGAACCUAACAGCGCCCUGUUUUCACCCUCUGCCACGCUUUUGUUCCCUGAUUGUGGCUUUCACGAUAGGAGGUCCAAUGCUGGUUCCGAAAUGGGUACGCAUGUUUCAAGAUCUUUCAGCGGUAACGGGCACAGACCUCGUGAUGCAACAGCACGACCCAGCAUUAUGGACAAGGCUGAGCGUGUGCCGUUAGAUGCUAUAUGGAAACAAAUCCUAGAUCCCGUUCUAGAAUAUUGCAAGACUUUCGUGACCACCGUUCUUGAGCCCAUCCCGCCGGCCGUGCCACUACUCACGAUGAUCCGACUCACGGAGGCUGUAAUUACAGAAGUGCAGAAGAGAGAUUGCCCGCCUCUGGAAAACUUUUUGUUCGCCAUGCGGUUGCAGAUGUGGCCUGCGUUCCAGAAAAUUAUGUCUGAACAUUGUGAUGCUUUGAGGAAGCUUGCUGAAGGUAGUGCGGCUAGCUACUUCAGCAGAGCUGCGUCAACGACGGAUGUGUCUGUUGCGAAUAUUUGCAACAGAUACAUUGUAAUGUUUAAUUCCUUCGUCAUCCUGACUGACCAGGAAGAAGAGACCAUGAUUUUUUCCAAUCUUCUUCGUCUCCGACAGGAGCUUACGAAAUUGAUUGCUCGUCACACGGAGAACAUCAGCGACGACGUUGCUAAAGCUACCAAGCAGUCGGCAAUGUACGAGGUUCUUUUGCAAGGACUAAACAAAGGGACACAUCUAAGCACACACCCCAAAUCUCAGAAGGAGCUAGCUUAUUGGGCGGAGAAAGAAGAAGAGGCUCGACGCCGAAUAGUGACCAUUGCUCAAAGCAGGCGUAUUGGUAAGAGAUAA